GAUCUGAAGGCCGGAAACAGGAAGCCACGAUGCAGCCACCCGCGCGCCCCUGCCGCCAGUUGCGCUUUCCUGCUGCAUCCUCCCAGUCGCCAGUGUAAUGUCAACACUGAGCAACAUCCCGCACACCGCACUCGACUACUCAUUCCUGCGCGUCUUUCUCCGUCCUCUUCUUUCUCGUUCUGCCACCCUUCUCCAGCAAAAGCGCCUCGUGCCCCGGAAUGGCCGAUCAAGCACGUACACAGGUCGCCGUCGCGCCCAAAGACAUCCAGCACCAGAGAAGCUGGCUGACCCUAAUUCUGAAAGCCCUGGUCGCCGUGAUUACCGCUCCGUACCGGCGCACUUUCAAACUGUACACCUGGGCACCCAUCAGCGCCAUUCGAGCCGCGGGCGGAGAUCGCAAAGCGCUAAUACCGUUGGCGAGGGAUUUCAAGGUGGACAAGUAUGCCGAGCUGCAGUCUGUCCAAGUUGCGGCCUCGUUCUGCACCGGCGCGACGCUCUCUACACUACCGUGGUCUCGUGACCAGAAUACCAUUUGGGUGGCCGAUGCUCUGUGGUUCAGCUCGCUCGCUUGCGCUAUCUGGGCUGUCAUCACCUCCAUCCAGAUGAAGUCGAUCCUCGACGAUCUGCCCAGCAAGGAGCAAAUGAACUCUAUGCUUCCUGAGUACGAAAUCAAGCGUAUGAGGCGGACAAUACUGCGUUACAAGAAAACUCCUGGUAUCGAACAUUGGAUUAUGUUGUUUAUCUGGCAGUUUCCGUCCAUGACGAUGAGCUAUGCAUGGGCGACCUUCAUAGCCGCGCUGACGAUGUACAUCUGCACACCUUUCAUUGAACAUAAUCGGUGGGGGAGGUCACAUAAGAUUGCCAUCGUGUACCUUGCCGUGGGCGGUAUGGGCCUCAUCACCUAUAUCCUCUCUUCGGUGUUCGUCUACGUUGGAGAAAAAGACUUUGAGCGUUCCGUAGCGAAUACGCGAGUCAACACCGACGAGGCGGAGGCGGGAAUCAGUCCUCACCCUACUAGGCAGGCCGAGGCGAGGAGUGCACAGCAGGGCGCGACCAAAGCUGGGGAUCCAAUCCAGACUGCGCGUGCUAGAGUCUUGCCCGGGGGGGAUCCAUCCAAUGAGUCCCGGAAGGAGUCCGACCGUUCUGGAAGAUCGAAGCGGCAGCUACUGAUUUGAGAGGUUUUCGGUCUCCCUGAAAGCAUCUCCUAUUUCGCACGAGGGCAUCUGAUGAUAUGGCCAGACUUGAAGGAAAGAAAACUUAGUCGAAGGGUCAUUAGGCUGGCCUAUUGAGAAGGUAAUUUGAGAGGAUGAAAAGGAGAAGCAAGCGAGUAUGUCAAGGUCAGAAGCUUUCUUGAUCAUUUUCACGGGUGCUCUCCUAACCACGGUGCUCGUAUCAUAAACGAAAUACUCAGUAUCCACUGCCAAAUCCACAGGGUCCUGUCAAACGGUCCAAGCCUCACGUGUCAGCCACCACCUCUCCAGGGCUCAUAACAAAUGCUCGACUCUCGACAGCCCUCCGCAAACCAAACACCACCACAGCCUUUGCGCCAAUGGCGGCGUUCCCUCCCAAACGAGAUCCGUAGCAUGUUCAUAACCCG